UUUGCAAAAUGGUGCGCACCAUGCAUGCGCACACAAACAGGUAGCAGACUUCAGAGCAUUUCACCCCUGAUGCUGACUAAACCACUUAAAGAGGGCCGUAAAGUACAAUGAAGCGGUAUAUAAGCCCUAUUGCUCUUGCUAACCUUACUUGGCUAGGCAAGCCAGCUGCUGUUCCUUAAGUCACCUGAUUUCCUCUUCAUUGACCCACCCUGCCUAGGAGGUAUUUCUCAGAAUAUUCCCUAUCUUAUCUGCCAGGCUCCAUCAAUCAUCUUCAUCAGUUGGAGGCAGCCUAGAAGUCUUUCUCACGCAGCUUUCUGCCUACCUUAGCAGAGAUUUCCAGUUGGACCAUUUCCUAUCAAAACGGCAGCACCCAGAAGACGGGGGCCACAAGCUCACCUGGAAUGAUUCAAACAUGACUUCAUGGAGAAAGCAGCGGGAACCCAACCCAAGAUAGGCGAAACUGGUGGGCGUGUGAGUACAUAACAGUCAGAGAAAACCAGGAAAAAGGUGUUCAGAAGAACAGUAAACAUCAAGAGAGGUGCGAGCCCUGCCGGAUGUGAGUCUUUUCUUAAGGCUUGCUUUCUUCUGUUCCUCUCCUCCCUAUCUUCACCAAAAGAGCAGAAUGAAGGAUCCAGUCAAAAAGCUCUCUUAAUCUUGAUCUCGUACAUUCUGUUUGUGGAAAAGUUGUCUGUCUGGCGGUGUUCUGCUUUGUCUGGUUUUGUGACAAUUUGGCCAGGCUCAACUCAAGACACAAGAGCUUGGAUCAAAGAAGACUGACGCCAAGAUGAUGUGAUUCGUCUCCACGCCACACCAAGUCCCAGAGUUGGAAAUCGGGUCUCCCAAAUGAAAUGAAGACAUUCACACUUCUGGCCUCUGUAAUUAGACUCACAACCUCGGACUACCGUAAUACCUUGAUGCCUCGGAGAAUUAAUGUGAAUCACUGAAGCAGCAAAAGAGUCUAGCUUUUUGACUUUUUAUUAAUGAAGGCGAAUAUACGCAUCCCAGGAUAAUGUUGCAGAAUCCAAUCUGGAUCAGUCACCGGGACCAGAGAUUUAGUCUUCUGAGCUUUUGGACUUGUGCUGGAGCCCAUCUUCAGAGAACUUCUGUCUAGCCUUUUUGUUUUUAUUUCAGCAACUUGCUGGUGUCCUUUAGUCAUGGAUGAAGAAAUGGGGGUCCUCAAUGAAGGGGAGAGUAGAGGGAUGGUAGGACCGGACACCUUGGAGAGUGGCAAUCCUGGCAAGCCCCCUGCUUUGAAUGUGCACAGAUUGCGUAACCUGGCCAUAGCUAGCAUCAUCUGUGGCUGUUCGUGCAUUGGGGUCCUGGCUCUGAUCUAUGCAGUCAAGGCUAAUGAAAAGCAAAAGACCCAUUGCCAGAAAGCAGCACUUCAUUGGGCUCGGAAAUCUCGGCUUAUGUCUUGCCUGAGUAUCAUUGUUUGGGUUUCCCUUCUUAUUCUGAUCCCCAUGUUACUGGUCCUCCUGUCUUACCUCAUAUCUAAAGCAGAAUGAUGAGCCACAUCAUUUGGUGAUUUUGGGCUUCCAGAAUCCAUGUUGACUAUUGCGGUUUCUUCAGUUGGAUUAAGCUAAGCGAGCACUGAAGUAUUUCUUGUGGUGGCACUUUCUUCGUUGAGUUGGCUCCAUGGACGGGAAAAACGGCGGACAUCUUUUUUUUUUUCCUCCUGCAGACAAUGUAGAAGAAUCUGUUCUGCUUGAUGUAAGACGCCUAUUUUAUUGCUGAAAUAACCCAGUGAGGGGUUAUUUCAGCAAUCUCCUUUUGAAUUCUUGUGGGUGGCACAAAUAACUUAGAAUAACUUUAUUGUCACUUUGAAUAUACACUAAUCGGUAUACAUUCAAAUGAAAUUUCAUUGCAUACAGCUCUCAAAGGGUCACCACCUCCAAUAUACACUACAUAAACACGACAAAAUAAAUAAGUACAAAAGUA